AAUGCCCUAAAACCAAAACCAAAAUUAAAUCGUAUAAUGUCUUAAAAUUAAAAUAAAUAAAGCGUUAUCGCACUCUUUUGGUAAGAUAAUCGUAUAACAGUAUUGUUGCCGCGAUAAGUGACUGCUAUGUUUAUUUAGGGUAUAACUAUCUAACAGUGGUGUGAAAUGUGUUUAAAAAACAGUGUAUAUUUUAUUAUUCCCACGCUCAACUGCUGAAAAUAUCAUUGUAGAUGUUAAUGGAAAAUAACACAUAAUGUCUGACUACGAUCUUCAAUUUCAAGCGGAUCUGGAAAAGGCUCAGGCUUUGAGUUUAGAAAGUUUGGCUCUUGAACAGUUUCGAAGACAGAAACUACUGUCUAAUACAGAUAAUGUCCCAGACAACUUUGCAAGCAGUACGCGUCGACGCAACGAUAGUGAGGGACCCCCGCCGGCCCUUCCACCACCGCCAAGGAAGCCCCCGCGAGGACGUAUAUCCACAUCAGAGACAUCUAGUGACCGCUCUACAGGCACCAGCCCUACUAGAACUGAAAGCAGUGACUUGAUAUCCUUUACAAGUCCCACCACUAAGACAGCUCCAAAGGACUCCCAUGCCUCUCUUAAAGAGUACAUCGAUCAGAUUAACAAAUUGGGGCAACAGACCGAAGAAAUAAAUCUUAAUGUCCCAGAAACCCCACCUACAAUGAACAAUCAUCCUUACAAUCAAAUACCAGGCUAUCCAUACGCUGCACAAUAUGGGUACAACUAUCCACCGCCGUACAACCCUGUGCCCCCCUAUCCAGCCGCCGCGCCAUACGGCAUGCCCGCGCCUAUGCCCUUAGCACCUAACAUACCUGCUUAUUCGUAUUAUACUCCAAUUCCUGCUUCACAAGAUCCCCUAACUCCUUAUGUACCAACAAACCCACCAUUGUAUACACAAACAAUACCAUAUAGCCAAACGAGAAUGGCCUCUCCGACCCCAUAUGUUGGAUAUCCACCCCCUAAUCAACCAACUUAUAACUAUAACACGACAAAUAUGAUCUCCCGACCUACAAGACCAGUUAAUUUGUACCCCCAACUAAGUCAAAUGCACUCAUACCCGCCAAUACCCCCCAACUCUUCCAAUAUUGUUCAAAAUGUUGGUCAAUCGACCGCCCAGCCUGCUGUGAAAACAGAACCUUCAAGGGAUAGUGUGGAGAGCAAUAGCUCGCGCAAAUCAUCUGAAGUUAGUGUUGGGUCGAACGAGUCAAACGACGUAGUGGGCAGUCUGCCCAAAUCUGCGAACCUGAUUGACUUUGGUGGGAGGCAGACAGGUAGCGUAAGAGUCAGUGUGCUAGAGGCCUUCGAUCCCCUACUAACUGAUCACACACAUUCCGAAUACGCAGCGGCGAGUGAAUGCAGCAGCGUGUACGAGGAGUAUGACCCGCUGGACUUUCUGUAUGGAGAGACGGAGAUGCGAGACACGCCCGUGUACGCUACGGUGAACAAACGCGAAACAUUGCCCUCGCCACCCCCCAAGUCCAUACCCACAGUGCCCACGCUCACUAAACGACCUACUACGAAUAAACUUUACGAUUGUAUCGUCAGGAUUAGAAAUAAAAAUUACGACAGUGAACAUAAAGCGUUUUUAAAAUUGGUACUGGAUGUUAGAAAAAAGUUUGUGUACUCUGACGAGCGCACAAACCCGGGCCACGUGAUCGCGGCGCGCUCCGGCGGCCGCUACCCGCCCAAUACCAGUAUUAAGAUACUAGUGCACCAUGCCCACUCUGACGAACCUAUCAUAUUCACCUCUGAUGUCGAAUCGACCGUAGAACAUGUAAUCCUGACUGUAGUGUGCUCACUUGACGAUGAUAUUAGAGCAGAUAUGUCCCGGUAUAUGUUACGAGUAUGGGGCGCUAAAGAAUACCUAACAGCGGGCAGUUCUCUGAGCGAGUACGACUACAUCCGCGAGUGCGUGCGCCUGGAGAAGGACGUGCGGCUGUUCCUGCACGAGGGCGGCGACUGCGCGCUGGCCCGCGCUGACCGCGACGACGCGCGCCACGCGCACCUCGCGCUCGACGACCUCAUGCCCGACCAGACCACGCUCAGCUUCGACAACCUCUCUAUACUGCUCGAAACGCUGGAAGGUGAGCUAUCCCGUGCGGUGGGUGUGGUGGGAGCAGAAGGCAGCUGUUCCCCGAAGGCGGUGUUCCAGGCGGUGAAGGCCAUCUGCGCGCUGGCCGGCGGUGUUGAGACCCUGCACGUUACAUACACUCUCAACGCCUUCGCGCAGGCCUGCACCGCACAGGGCAACGGCAAUGCAGUGACGCCAGAGAUUCAAUCAGAGAACGGUCCCUACUGUCAGGUGUCAGUGCGCGCGGCGACUGCGCGCGAGGCGGUCGCGCAGCAGUGCGCGCGUGUACGUGACGCCGUGCGCGCGCUGCUCGCUCUAUACACGCGCACGCGUCUGCUCGACUUCCAGCUCGCGGACCCUCCCACCAUGCCCUCGCAGUCCAACAAAGCGGUGGCAGCGCAUAGUAUAUCAGAGACGAUGCUGUUCUGUAUCGAGGCGGUGCAUUGCCUGCCGAUGUGCUGGAGUCACGACGAGUACUUGUUCCAUGCGCAGAUAUACUACGGCACUCGUCCGCUCAAGACCGUACACGCUACUCACUCCUCUAAGAUAGAGUGCGGUGGUUUCUAUCCGAGAAUUAUAUUCGAUACGUGGUUGAAUCUGGAAGAUAUGCCUGUGAACACAUUACCUCGUGAGUGUCGGUUGGUGCUGACGUUGUUCGGGCGCACGCAGCGGACUGACGACAGCCAGCACCAGGCCAGUGAUACCAGUCAGGAGGAGGAGGGGGGCGGGGAAGUGGGCGGAGUCCAGUACGACCAGGUCGAGCUCGGCUGGGCCGCCAUACAGAUGUUCGACUACGAUUGUAUGCUGGCGUCGGGCAACUAUGUGUUACCGUUGUGGCCUGCGCAGUGUGACCGGCGUAUUGGACCCGCCCCUCACCCACUGCACGCCCCGCCCACUCCACACCCACUCAUCAACAUUGAGAUUCCGAUCUACACUCGUACUGGCGUGAAGUGGACGAAUGGGGACGAGGAGAAGCAGAAGAACAGCAUGCAGGAGGAGCUGCCGGCUUUCGACUCGCUGGAUGGUCACACGCAGUCGCAGCUGCUGCACCUCAUAGAGCAGGGCGCCUACCAGAGGAUGCCCACUGAGGGGAGAGAGGUGAUGUGGGAGAAGCGCCAGUACCUGGUACAGCUGGCGGGUGCGCUGCCGCUGGUGCUGCUGGCCGCCACCAGCUGGUACGGGGAACACCGAGCUCACCUCGUACGUCUGCUGCGUCGCUGGGAGAAGCCCUCGCCUCUUAAUGCCAUGCAUCUUCUACUGCCCUGUUUCCCUGACUUGGCGGUGCGAGAGUUCGCGGCGGAGUUGAUCAACGGCAUGUCGGAUGAUGAUCUGAUCCGCGUACUGCCGCAGUUAACGCAGGCACUCCGUUACGAGACGUACGAGGCCAGCCCACUUGCUGAGCUCUUGCUAUCCCGCGCUCUUUCAGCGCCGGCGGUCGCACACAAACUGUUCUGGUUGUUGGUGCACUCUUUACCAAAUGUGCCUCAGGCACCGAGUCAGGAGUUCCUGGGCAUCUCGCUGGAGGAGAACGCGAGUGAAUGUCUGGAGGUGGACGCGACGCUGACUGCGACAUGGCGCUACCGGCUGCUGCUGCGGGCGCUGCUCGCUGUCUGCGGAGACAACCUCACCCGCACGCUGCUCCGCCAGCAGCUGCUAGUCAAGACGGUGUCAGAGGUGGCACUGUCUGUGAAGUGUGCGAAGGAAGGCGUACGGCAACGUGCGCUGGCUGCGGGCGGAGAGAGACUUGCUGCACUGCUGCGUCAGGAACCUGUCGCACUGCCCCUCGCACUGCACAGAUACGUUCAUGACGUCGACAUCAAAUCUUGUUCCUAUUUCUCAUCGAACACAUUACCUCUCAAGAUUAACUUCAUCGGUGUAGACAAUGCAGUAGUGCCGGCGAUGUUUAAGGUUGGUGAUGAUCUAAGACAAGACUCGUUGGUGCUGCAAGUGAUAAAGGUGAUGGACACUCUGUGGCUGAAGGCGGGUCUGGACCUCAGGAUAGUCACCUUCCAAGCUCUACCCACUAGCAACCAAAGAGGUAUGAUAGAGAUAGUGAGUGAGGCGGAGACAUUGCGCGCUAUCCAGACAGAGUGGGGGCUGACAGGCUCGUUCAAGGACAAGCCUAUCGCGGAGUGGCUCGCCAAACACAACCCCUCCGAGCUGGAGUACCAGCGCGCUAGGGAUAACUUUACUGCGUCGUGUGCUGGCUACAGCGUGGCGACAUAUCUGCUCGGCAUCUGCGACAGACACAACGACAAUAUCAUGUUGAAGAACUCCGGACAUCUCUUCCAUAUUGACUUUGGCAAGUUCCUUGGAGACGCGCAGAUGUUUGGCAAUUUUAAGAGAGAUCGAGCUCCGUUCGUCCUGACACACGACAUGGCGUAUGUGAUCAAUGGCGGAGAGAGGCCCACUCAGCGCUUUCAGCACUUUGUUGAACUCUGCUGCAUGGCCUUCAACGUGGUGCGCGCGCAUCGCUCACAUAUACUAGAUCUAUUUGCUUUGAUGGCGAUGUCGGGGGUGCCGGGCGUAUCGAGCGCGGCUGUAGGCUACGUACGAGCUGCUCUACUGCCUACCGCUACCAAUGCUGAGGCCGCUGCAGCCUUCGCAAGGCUCAUACACUCCUCACUCAAGAGCAGAUUUACACCUAUCAACUUCUUUUUGCACAAUCUGGCGCAGCUAAGAGCGAGUGGAGAUCAAAGCAGUAGUUCUUCUGAACUACUUUCUUUCAUGCCACGAACAUACACCAUGUCACAAGAGGGCCGACUGGUCCGCGUAGAGUGUCUGAGCUACGAGAAGCGCUACGACCCGGAGAAGCACUACGUGUACGCGCUACGAGUGUACCGACAAGGUCAGGCCACGCCCUCGCUGCUCUACCGCUCAUACAAACACUUCACAGAACUCUACCAGAAGAUAUGUCUACAUUUCCCCCUAGCUAAAGUACACGGUUUGCCGUCGGGUCUGCACGUGGGGAGGUCGAACACGCGACAGGUGGCGGAGCGGCGGCUGAGCGACGUGCAGGCAUUCCUCACCUCACUGUUCAACUUGGCGGACGAGAUCGCCCACUCGGACCUCGUCUACACCUUCUUCCACCCCCUGCUGCGCGACCAGCAGGACGUCGAGCCGCAGAGGAUGAAACAUCGAGGUGAGUCGAUUGAGGCGGAGAGCAGCGGGUCGGGGUCGCUGAAGCUGUCGGUGCAGUACGCGGGCGGUGUGCUGGCAGUGCUCAUCCUGCACGCGCAGUCUCUCGCCGCCACGCCGCAGGGUCUGCCCCCCAACCCAUACGUCAAGGUCUACUUAGUCCCUGAUCCAACCAAAGAAACGAAGCGGAAGACAAGAGUGCUGAAACGCAACUCGCACCCGUCCUUCAUGGAGAUGCUGGAGUACCGGCUACCCCUGGAGGUGGUGCAGGCGCGCAGUCUGCAGGCCACCGUAUGGCACUACGACUCACUUCAGGAGAACCAGUUCCUCGGCGGCGUCGUCAUACCCCUCGGCGCUAUACCACUGCGCGAGGAGACCGUCGCCUGGUACCCGCUCGAGUACAUACCGCGGUAGCUGCGGCUACCCCGAGCGCCGCGGUAGCUGCGGCUACCCCGAGUAACGCGGCUGCUCCCGUCACCGUCACGAUGAGUACACACAUUUGACAUAAUAUAAUUUUAUUAGAUCUCGUAUAAUUGUUAUGAAAUUAUUUUGCCUUUCGCAAUUUUGUUGUGUGAAAUCAUAAUUUCAAAUAUUU